AUGGCGGUUACAGUACUUGCCUACAUUUCCGGUUUCUCUCCAGUCUCGUCUUCCUCAAGAGAAAGAAUUGGUGGCAACGAUGAUCAUUUCUGCUCUUCCAAGUCAAUCUUACUACGACGACGGAGCUCCGCCUCCAAGUAUCGUAUCACGGCGAUCAAAUCUCCGACACCUGGAGGUGUUCGAAGAAGACGGAAGAACAAGGAAGAAGACGGAGCGAAGUUGGUGGUGGUGGAGAGUCCGUAUUCGAGAGUGGAGACGGCGCGUCCCGAUUCGCGGAAAAGCUUGUCGGACUUUUUGGAGGAAGCGAGAGACUUCGUCGGAGAUGAAGAAGAUGGUUUUGGACCACCUCGUUGGUUUUCUCCGUUGGAGUGUAGCGCUCAGGCUCAAGGCUCUCCUCUUCUUCUUUUUAUACCUGGAAUCGAUGGCACUGGACUUGGGCUCAUUCGCCAACACAAGAAACUCGGGGAGAUUUUUAAUAUAUGGUGCCUUCACAUUCCAGUCAGGGAUCGCACUCCUGCUAAAGACUUGGUGAAGCUUAUUGAGAGGACAGUUAAGUCGGAGAACUAUCGCUUCCCGAAUAGACCUAUAUAUUUAGUUGGAGAAUCUAUUGGAGCAUGUCUUGCCUUAGAUGUCGCGGCCAGGAAUCCCAGCAUCGAUCUUGCUCUCAUCUUGGCUAAUCCAGCCACGCAUGUCAACGACUUGAUGUCAAAACCUCUAUCAGGAAUGCUGAAUGUUUUACCAGAUGAAGUUCCCACACUAUUGGAAGAAAUAUUUGGCGAUGCAUUGACUGCGAUGUUAGAAGCUUUGUCAGAUGAAUUUUCUGUCCAGCGAAUGGAUGUAGGGAUGCUAAGAGAUCUAUUUACAGUUUCAGCUAAUCUUCCGAUUUUGAGUAGGAUAUUCACUAAAGACACACUGCUUUGGAAGCUGGAACUGCUUAAGUCUGCUAUUGCAUCUGUAAAUUCUCACUUAUACGCGGUCAGAGCUGAAACACUCAUACUUGUCAGUGGACACGAUCAAUGGCUGCUAAAUGAGGAGGACAUUGACAGAUUCUCGCGCACAUUGCCAAACUGUAUUGUUCGUAAGUUUAAUGACAGUGGAAACUUUCUUCUUUUGGAGGAUGGUGUAGAUCUGGUAACUAUCAUCAAGUGUAAAUGCUUUUAUCGCCGUGGGAAGUUUCAUGAUUACAUUUCGGAUUACAUUUUGCCUACACCAUUUGAGUUAAAACAACAGUUAGAGGAACACAGAUUACUAAUAAAUGCUACUUCCCCUGUAAUGUUGUCAACACUAGAAAAUGGUAAAAUUGUAAGGAGCCUUGAAGGAUUACCUUCAGAGGGACCUGUUCUGUACGUUGGCUAUCACAUGAUAUUAGGGUUUGAGUUAGCUCCAAUGGUGACUCAACUCUUGAAAGAGAGGAAUAUUCACUUGCGUGGCUUGACACAUCCGAUGAUUUUUAUGAACAAACAAGACUCGGUACUCGACUCACUCGACCCCCAGAUAUUUGACAAAUAUAAGAUCUCUGGUGGAGCUCCUGUCUCCAAUAUCAAUUUCUACAAAUUACUGCGUUUAAAGUCUCAUGUGCUUUUGUAUCCUGGAGGUGUCCGUGAAGCUCUGCAUAGAAAGGGUGAAGAAUACAAGCUGUUUUGGCCAGAGAAACCUGAGUUUGUGAGAGUUGCAUCUAAAUUUGGAGCCAAAAUCGUUCCUUUUGGUGUUGUUGGAGAAGACGACAUCUUCCACAUUGUCCUGGAUUAUAAUGAUCAAAGGAACAUCCCUAUCCUAAAAGAUUUAAUGGAAGAGGCUUUAAAAGAGUUUGGAAACUUAAGGGAAGGUGACGAGAGCGAAUUGGGAAACCAAGAAUAUUAUAUCCCAGGGCUUGUACCUAAGAUCCCAGGGCGGUUCUACUAUUACUUUGGAAAACCAAUAGAAACAGCAGGCAAGGAACAAGAGCUAAAAGAUAAAGAGAAGGCUCAAGAGCUUUACUUGCGAGUCAAGUCUGAGGUCGAACAAUGCAUUGCAUAUUUGAAAAGGAAAAGAGAGAGUGAUCCCUACAGAAACUUGGUGCCAAGGAUGUUGUAUCAGUCCUCACAUGGUUGUUCUUCUGAAAUUCCUACGUUUGAUCUCUGA